GAUUUAAAACACUCCCUUCGGUCGCUUAAUUUAUCGCCACUCGUUUCGAACUUCCUCUUUCCGCACUUGUAUCAUAAUGUACUAUCCUAAUGUGUAGCUGGUCUUUCAGCAAUGGCGUCAUACGAUCUGACAGUUCCCGCGCCCGUGAUAUCUGACAGGGAAUUCUCAAAGCCUCUGAUGUGCGGCCCAGGGCCGAGCGAUUUGUGGCCCUGUGUGGCAGAGGCCCUGACUGCCCCCGUUAUAUCACCAGCCUGCGCUGAAUACUAUAACGUAAUGGCCGAUAUCCGCACCGGUAUCCAAUACGCCUUCCAAACGCGUAGUAAGCUGGUGCUAGCGGUCAGUGGGUCUGGGCAUGCUGGCAUGGAGACUGUUAUAUCCAACCUGCUCGCACCGGGGGAGUUACUCCUUGUGCCUAGUCGGGGGAUCUGGGACGAGAGGGCCAAGGACAUGGCUAGGAGAUACGGCAUCAAAGUAGAGUCAAUGACAACUUCAGAGCCUUUCUCGACGUUCUCUUUCGAAGAGUUGGAGUCAGCCCUGCAGCGGCACCAGCCCGCUGGCCUGUUCAUCACCCAUGGAGACUCUUCUACCGGCACGCUGCAAAACAUGGAGGGUCUGGGAGACCUUUGCCAUAGAUACGGAGCUCUGUUACUAGUAGACACCGUGGUGUCUCUGGGCGCCGAGCCAUUCCUCAUGGACGCAUGGGGCGUGGACGCCACGUAUGCCGCGUGCCAAAAGGCGUUGAGCGGGCCCGCUGGGAUAGCCCCUGUCGCUUUCAGUGCCCGUGCGGAGGCCAAAAUAAACAGCAGAAGUCACGAGCCGCCAUUUUAUUUCGACCUGAAGCUGUUAGCUCAGCAGUGGAACUGCUAUGACGACACAUUCUUCUACCAUCACACUCUCAGCUUCCCCCUUCUCUGGGCGCUGCGCGCAUGUCUCAUACAACUCGCGCGCGAAUCUCUCCCCCGCGCGUGGGCACGCCACGCAUCUGUCGCGGCGCGCUUCCACGCUCGUCUGCGUGCGUACGGCUUCGAGUUCCUAGUGCGGAAACCAGAGGAACGGAUGUCAGCUGUCACUACUAUACUGCUGCCUGAGGGACUAGGCUACAAUAAGUUCGUGGCUCAGAUGAGAGAUGCGCACAACAUAAUGAUAACCCCCGGGCUGGGCCCGACGGCGGGCGCGGCGGUGCGCGCGGGGCUCAUGGGCAUCAACGCCGCCGCCGCCGUGGCCGACCAAGUGGCCGACAGCAUGGCCGACGCCGCCGGGAUCAACACUGCUGACAUAUCGGCUUAGAUACGCUCAAGCUAGGAACAUAAUACGCGGACGUCCGCGGUCGCGCGACCGCGACCGCGACCGAUCAGUGUGCACGGCCUUCGGGACGGCUGACCAAAACAUCCAGCGAGCC